AUGAACCCCGCGCGAGCACUUGGACCUCAGCCGCCACCGCGUCAGCGCUUUAUGGAGUUUAUGCAGACCGUAUCGACUUGUGAUGCGCUGUGCGAACGAGAGAACGCUGCGUUGCGAGCGCAAGUGCACGACCUCAUUGAGCUGCUGGCGGCGUUUGAUCUUUGCGAGAUUGUGGACGCUCAUCUGAGUGCCGUACGCGAGCGUGCAUUCAGCCGCGACAUCGCACCAGACGCAGCGCUGCUCCAAGUGUAUCGCAUGGAGCGUCAGCUACAGCAGACAACGAUCCUGAAUAAACUGGAUGGUGAGUUCAACGAGCGUGAACACGUGAGUGGGCUUUCUGAGCAAGUUGAGAGCAGUUUGAGCUCUGAGAAACGUGAUGGCGGAUCUCUUCAACUGCGCGUUGGGAUCCUGGAGCGAGAGGUGGCAAACUUGCACCUCCGUCAAGAUCUUCUCUUAAAAACGAACCCAAGACUCAAAACCCCUGCAGCUGUGGACGGCCACGGCGACGACAAAAUGAAGAUCUUAACUCAGCAGCAGCAGCGGAUCACUGAACUUGAGAAGGCGCUAGCAACGAUGUCGGCCAAGAACGCAGAGCUGAAGCAGCAGGACUGUCGCUACCAUGAAGUGGAAGAGAUCCUUACAGAAUUUAGCGAACGUCAAUAG